UCCAGUGCUGUUCGGUAACCAACUGUCUUCAAAAUAUCCUCUUUUGGUUUCUGCAGAAGAAAGUCAUUAAGGUUUGACAUGACAAGAAGGUGAGUAAAUGAUGGCAGAAUUUUCAUGCAAAAUCAUACACAAACAUUUGACACAUACACUUCACCUUCAGAAGGCCAACACACUGUGUUUUAACAUACUGCCCUACGGUGUUGUAUGGUGGGUGCUCAGGAGCUGACAAAAAAGCUCUACAGAGGGUCAUAAACACUGCACAGAACCUCACUGGCCGCCCGUGCCCCUCACUAAAGGACAUUGCAAACACUCUGUACCUCCAGAGCAAAAUACAUUGAUAAGGACUCUUCUCAUCCCGUUCAUAAUCUGUUUUCCCUCCUACCCUCGGCAAGGCUAUACAGGUCAAUCAAAACACUAUUAAUUUAUGUUAAUCCUUAUGGACUGGGCAAUCAUUUUUGUACUUCGAACUGAACUUUAAUGUCUUAACUCCAUCAUUCAUGUUCGUACUUGGAUUGCGAUCAACUUAUGUGUCUUAUGUGUAUGUGGUUAUCAUAUUGUAGUGCCUCUGUGUCGUAUUCUAACACCUCUGUGUGUGUUCCUUGAAAUUGUAUUUCAUUCCUAUGCAAUGACUGAUGAUGAUUGAUUGAUUGACCAAAGGUAGUUUACUUGAUGUAAGAAUUUUACAUACAGUAAACUCACUUUGCGCUUUAAAUCAUGAUUGUAUUCCUUAUUUGUACACAUUUUCAGUUUCUGUAUUUUACCAAUAAAAAGGCAACGUCAAUAUUUCUUAGAGCUGUUCUUGAAGGCACACCAAACAAUACAAAACAUUUCCAACACUUCAUCACCGCAUCUUAAUAAAUCCGUCACCUUUUCAAGACAUAAAGCAACCAUAUGAGGGAGAUAUCAAAAACGUGAGUUUUGUUGUGCCUACAGGAACCGGGUUAGGAAACACUGGACUGCAUGACAAGACAGAGACAAUGUUUCUUGUUUGUUUUUAGGACAUUACACAUUCAGAGCACAGUUAAAAACAGUGUAACAUUGCCCUGCAUGUUUAUUCCAGACUAUAUGUUUCUUGUGCUGCUACGGUAGGCAUAUAAAACAGGGGUUCACAUCAGUUUAAAGUUCCUAUUAAUUAUAAUUCCCAUUAAUGAGCUGGUCAGCAUCAGAUGAUUUGAGGAGACAUGUAGAAGAAACAGAACAAUCGGGAGGCAGCGUUAAGAAAACCAUACAACAGUACAUUUAACAUGCAAGUUAAAAUCAGUCUUUGACUAGUUUAAACAUUAUCAAUUAUCAGCAAUUAGUGAUCACCUUAAACACACUCAUAAAAGUUCACCAAGUAACACCUGGAACACUUAUAUACACAAAUACAUGUAUUUAUGCACUUACUACAAAUAGUGUGUACACUGUUUUACAAUCCACAAAAUAUGUAAACAGAACUUUUCAAAUAGUAUUCCAUUUUGCAUAAAUGAUUUAAAAACAACCUGCUUUUUUUAUUACCACAUUUGUCCACAGGUACAUUUAUCCAGACGUUCAUCCACACGUACGUUUGUCCAGACGUUUGUCACACGCAUUAAAAAAAAAACUUUCAAUGCUACUUCCGCCUCGACAUCUGCACGAUUUUGAGCGCAGCACCGACACGUGACCGUUAUGUCUGACGUCUCAUAUCUUACGUCUAACGCCUGAAUACAAUGAUUUUGGCCAGACGGCAUGCGAGCGUAUACACGUUUGUUCUCACAUCAGUUUGCUUAGCGAGUAGCCAAAUUUGCACAUAUCACACCUCAUACAUCUGCAUUGCAAACUAAGCAAUCAGUCGUGUCGAUCAUCGUGCACUUUGACGUUUCAAAAAGCCGUGACCAAUGACGUGUGAUAAGGAUCGUUCGACUAUCGUGGCCUCGCCUAACGCAUGAGAAGUAACGCGAUGUCUGCGCUGUGUGGUCUGAAGUAACUUUCUGCCUGUUACCACAAAAAAAUAACCAAUAUAAAUUGUAUAUACGUUUGUUCUCACGUCAGUUUGCUUAGCGAGUAGCCAAAUUUGCACAUAUCACACCCCAUACAGAUGCACAAACCACACCUCAUAGACAUCCGAUCGCGAUGACACGCAUCACACACAGAGAGUGUUUCAGGUUUAUCCGAACGCGGAGCCACGCACGCGCACAAAGAGUCACCGCACCACAUCGCGUGAACGGGAGAGAAAUCUCUUAAAGGGCCAUACAUAAAUUUUACCACUCAACAGAAAAGUUUCAUUUUUACCCCCAGGCCACCCACAUAACCACUAGUAAGGAAAAUAACGAAAGAAAUUCACACAGUGACACCUCUUCAGCAAACCCGUUUUAGUUUUGUUAAGGUUUUUAAUCAUAACAGUAAGAGUCAUUUCUAACAAUAAUAAAUGUGCAUAAAACAAGUCUUUUAGAAUGCAGCACAAUAUCUUACAGCAACUAUACGCAAAGGGCAGGUGUAAGAUUUGAUGGAGGGCGUUAAGCAUCCAAGAAGGUCCUUUCAUAUCGAAAGCCAACAGGAUCACAAUUCGCGUGCUUUGAAUCGGCGUUAUGUAAGCGCCGCCUGGUACUAAAUUAACGCCAUUCGCCGCCACGGGUUUAAAUAACACCGCUCGCCGAUCGAUGUAAGGUUGACAUCACACGUCACUCAACAUGCAAACGUAUUAGCUAAUAUAGGCCUACAUAGCCGCACCUCUUCUGGGUUUAAGCACUCUGGGGCAAGUCGGAGGCUCAUCUCAAAUCCUUAUCCAUCUUGACUUUGUGGAAAACAAAAAAUGGAUAGAAAUGAAAGGAAAAAAUAUUACCAAUUAAGUUUGUUCCAGGACGCUAUGUGUAAAAUGUGUAAUAUGUCAAAUUAAGUCAAGCCAUGAACAAAGGUAGUUCACCCCCAAAACGAAAUUUCUGUCAUCAUUAGACAUUGGUCCCCAUUGACUUCUAUUGUAUGAAGAAAAAGUCAAUGUGGACGAACAGUUUUCUGUUACUAACUUUCUUUAAAAUAUCUUCUUUUGUGUUUAUACGGUUUAUACAUUAUACAGUCAUACAGGUUUGAAAAGUCAAGAUGGUUGGUUAAUGAUUACAGAAUUCUCAGUCUGCUCAUGCGAUUUAUGAAAUUAGUCGUUGCUCUUUGUCUAAAAGUUAGCUUGGUUGGCUUACAACCGCAUGCCGCGUCUUUGACUGGGUCGGGUCUCGCUUGGACCAUGCAGUUUUUUACAUUGAUGAUACUAAAAUGAUUUAUAUAAAUAGAAAUACUUAAUAACUAUAAUUGAUCAUGCUUAACCUAAUAUAAAUAAAAAAUUAAAGGUUUUAUAGUAUUUUAUUUUUUUUAAGUAACCUCCUGGUGUAACUGAGCUGCUAGCACUUUAAGACCUUCGGUAAAGCGAGAAUCCAGUGAUACACGUCCCAAAAAGUUUCUCCCCAAAAAUGUUUAUUUACUGCAUACCUGAUUGUAUUUAAAAAAGUUGACGGACAUUUGGACAUUAUUAUAUGUGUAUUUUACCAUUCAAGCAAGCCUGAAAGACGAGAUUUGGCACGCUUGGCGGAAAGCAUUUGCUCAAGUAUGAUGUUUAUUUUACAAGAAAUUACAACGCAGUAUUGCAUCACUACACUGUCAUUAGGAUAUUAUUGCUUCGCCUUGUGUUCUGUUAAUUUACGUGAUUCGAGAGCAGGUAAGAAAGGUUCACACAGAUCACUCACUGACUCACAUGACCGACAGGCAACAUCUGUGCAUUACCCUCGUAAAAAAAUGAAUGCAUCACAAAUUGAUAAAUUUCAUUUUUGAUAUCUUUACAUUGAUUUUGAUUAAGACUAUGCUGCAAAAGCAGAAUCACUAAAACUGUGCGGGCUUGUUGUGAUAGACCCUAUUUUUAUAUUUACAAUUACAUUUAUGUAUUUGGCAGAUGCUUUUAUUCAAAGCGACUUACAUUGCAUUAUCCUAUACAUUUAUACAUAGGUAUGUGCAAUCUCCUGGGAUCGAACCCACAACUUUGCGUUGUUGGUGCAAUGCUCUUACCACUGAGCUACAGCACAGCCAUAUCUUGUGUUAUAGGUGUACAUUUUCUUCUGUGUGUACACGCACACUAAAGUUAAUACCUUUCUUCGUCUUCUGCCGGAAAGAAUGAAGACUUGUUUGUUUCUUGGCACACACCAUUGCUGUAGUCUUCUAUGCCCUCACACUUUUAUAUUUUACUACGUCGUGCAGCUUUACUGCAUGGUGAUGUUCUAGGGAUACGUUGAAAUCAGUCACUUGGUGUUUGUAUGUGCGUGCUUGUGUGUUUGUCAGACUCUGCGCGUGUAGAAGAGAGGCUGCAGUAAGCAGCGAGUGUUAAACGUCCAGAAUUCCUAUUAUUAUAUUUCCACUCCAAACCUGGAAUAAAUAGUGCUAGCGACGCCCAUGGUGCUAACAGAAGAUGUUUUUCGUAGAUGAUGAUAAGAAGUCCCUCUUCACAGUCACACUGACCUAGCAGGAAGAGAGAGUCUAAGCAUUCAUUAUGAGACUUUACACCCUGAUUUAUUUUCUACUUUCAGAAAAGGUUGGUGUUAAUCGUGCUUAAAUCAUCAAUUUAUAAUAGGAUAAUUCUUUAUAAUAAUUGAUUCAUAUUUGUCAAAAACACAUAAAAGUAUUUAUAUUUGAAGUAAGGUGCAGCCGCCUGUCCGUUCAAAACCAUUUAUAUUCACCUGCAACGUACAAGUCUGGUUAUUGUGUUGCUUCUGGCAAGUGCUCAUACAGACAUUAACACAAUAUAUUUUUAUCAAUUUUUUUUAAACAAAAGAGUAAACGUUAAGUCUAACACGUCAUUUAAAGUGACGUUAAACAGUAAACAAAAAAAUCUGAGGUUUACUUUUUAACUUUUGUGAUACUGACACCUGGUGGACAAUUAGUAUAUGAACAUGCACUAAAGCGUUUUGCACACGAUUCUAACACACAGAACCAGGAAAUAUGAAGUUGAAAAGUAAAACCAAAACUGUUUUUGUAUCGGUCACUGUAUUUGUGCAGUCGGUGAAAUGGCAGAAGCCAGUAUUUCAUGGGUUCAUGAUCAGUUCAGCUGUUCAAUCUGUCAGGAUCUACUGAAGGAUCCAGUGACUAUUAACUGUGGACACAGUUUUUGUAUGAGCUGUAUUACAGACUGCUGGAAUCAGGAGGAUCAGAAGAGAGUUUAUAGCUGCCCUCAGUGCAGACAGACCUUCACUCCAAGACCUGCUUUAGGAAAGAAUGUGAUUCUUGCUGAGAUGGUGGAGAAACUGAAGACAACAAAACUUCAGACUGAUGGAGCUGCUCACAGUUAUGCUGGACCUGAAGAUGUGGAGUGUGACGUCUGUACUGGGAGAAAACACAAAGCUGUCAAGUCAUGUCUGGUGUGUCUGAACUCUUACUGUCAAACUCACUUUGAGCGACAUGAAGAACUUCAAUCAGGAAAGAGACACAAAGUAACUGAAGCCACUGGAAGACUUCAGGAGAUGAUCUGCUGUCAACAUGACAGAUUGCUCGAGGUUUUCUGUCGUACUGACCAGACAUGUAUUUGUUAUCUGUGUACUAUGGAUGAGCAUAAAAGCCACGACACUGUAUCAGCUGCAGCAGAGAGAACAGAGAAACAGAAACUAUUGGAGGACAAUCAGAGAAAGCACCAGCAGAGGAUCGAGGAGAAAGAGAAGAAGCUUCAGGAUCUCAGAGAGGCUGUGAAGACACACAAGAGCUCUGCACAGACAGCAGUGGAGGACACUGAGAGGAUCUUUACUGAACUGAUCCGCUCCAUUAAGAGAAGAAGCUCUGAGGUGAUACAGCUGAUCAGAGAUCAGGAAAAGACUGCAGUGAGUCGAGCUGAAGGACUCUUGAAGGAACUGGAGCAGGAGAUUGAAGAUCUGAGGAGGAGACAUGAUGAGAUGGAGCAGCUUUCACACACAGAAGAUCACAUCAGUUUCCUUCAGAGUUUUCAGUCUCUCUCUGAAUCUCCUGGAUCUAUAGACAACAUCUCUGUCAGUUCUCUUGUCUUGUUUGAUGUUGUGGGAAAAUCUGUUACUCAACUGAAAGCAAAGGUGGAGGAUUUCUGUAAAGAAGAGAUUGGAAAGAUAUAUUGCAAAGUUACAUACAUUGAAAUUAUUCCCACCAAUGAACCCAAGACAAGAGUGGAGUUCCAACAAGAUUCCCAUCAGUUCUCUAUGGAUCCAAACACUGUAAAUAAAAACAUCUGUCUGUCUGAGGAGAACAGAGCGGCUACUUACACUGACAGAGUCCAGCAGUAUUCUGAUCAUCCAGACAGAUUUGAUCAAAGACCUCAGAUGUUAUGUACAGAGAGUGUGUGUGGACGCUGUUACUGGGAGGUCGAGUGGAGUGGAUGGGUGUAUAUAUCAGUGUCAUAUAAGAGAAUAAGCAGGAAUGGAAAUACAGUAAAGUCUGCAUAUGGAUAUAAUGAUGAGUCCUGGAAUUUGGAGUGCUCUCCCACCAAAUGUUCAUUCUGGCAUAAUAACACAGAGACUGAACUCCCAGUAGUGUCCAGUUCUUGUAGAAUAGGAGUGUAUGUGGAUCACAGUGCAGGAAUUCUGUCCUUCUACAGCGUCUCUGACACAAUGACCCUCAUCCACAGAGUCCAAACCACAUUCACUCAACCUCUCUAUCCUGGAUUUGGGUUAGGUACAAGUUCUACAGUAAAACUGUGCCAUCCAACAAUAUAAAAGACUGCUGGAAUCAGGAGGAUCAGAAGAGAGUUUAUAGCUGCCCUCAGUGCAGACAGACCUUCACUCCAAGA